AUGCUGCCAGAUGCACAGUGCCUGCUGACGAUUCUGAGCCUUCGCUCAAACCUGACAGCCAUUGAGACAGGUCUGAAGCCCAAUCUCAGCGCGCUGGCCUUCCAAGAUGAUUCUGGCUCGUUGUGCAACGACCACUGGACCUGGUCUGGGAUCGCAGGCUUCUGGCAAGAGCGGCCGGGCGACCAGCAACAUGUAAGUUGGAGCAUCGACCGCUCUGGAGCCCCCAGUGCGGUGGGCCAGGUCACCGCCGAGUUGUCCCCUGGGACGCCAUGUAGGUCGGGAAGCUCCGUGAAGUCCGACUCGGCGCUCGUGGUGGUCCAGAGCAAAGACCGCUUCGCAACGAAUGUCUGGCACCGCAUGACUGCGAUAUUUGAGGCAUGGGUGACACCCAGAGUGCUGCAGCUCAAGGGAAAGCUUCCCCAGAACAUCACAGUCGCCUACUAUGUGUCGCCCUUGAGGGAGUCCAGCAUGGAAAACGACAGCGGCCCAUACCCCUGGAAGAUGUUGGGAUCGCUGGCUCCGGAGGACUGUGGCUUUGAGCAUCGGAUCAAGGCGCCAGAGGACGGCUUCCUCUGGGACCUUGCGUGGGAUCUGCCGAUGAAGUGUGUUCAUUCCUCCAACCUUUGGAGAGACUUUCAGUCGGCUCUUUAUGCCGGCGUCGGGCUGGCGUCCAAGGAGUCUUCGGAUGGCCGCAGUGUCUGCUACGUCGGCCGGCCGACUGGGAGUUCGGACCGACAGCUGAGUGAGAAGACUUUCGAUGCCCUGAAGAAGACGACGGGAAGUGUCCAUUUGGAUGGAGAGCCUUUGAUUUUUCGCCCUCUGGCCUUCGACGGCAGCGUGCCCAUCUCGAAGCAAGCCGAGCUGGUCAGCGGUUGCGAUGUCCUCAUUGGCAUGCAUGGAGCCGGGUUGAUGCAUGCCAUUUGGAUGUAUCCGGGGAGUGUUGUGGUGGAGCUGAUGGACCCAGAGCAUGCGGGUGCCGCCUACUACCGCAACAUUGCGCACUUAUCAGGACAUGUCUACCUACAGCACUCCAAGAGCGAGGUCGAAAAGAAGCCUGAGGUUCUGAAGAGUUUGAUGGUCAGUGCUGCGGAGAUCAUCUCCAACAAGGCAACACACUCGCUCCACGUGAGUAUGCUUCAGAAGGCUCAGCGCCGGCGUGUGACUUAUCAGCAGGAGCCCGAAACGGGGCCCCGAAGUGAGCCUGUAGGAGGAGCCCGAAACGGGGUUUAG